CCUGGCAGUCGAUUUAUUUUGCACAUUCCGAGUGAAGAGAGAGACAAUGCAAUCAGAGUGUGUUUUCAGAUUGAACUUGCCCAUUGGUUUUACUUGGAUUUCUACAUGCAAAACACACCAGGAUUACCUCAGUGUGGGAUAAGAGACUUUGCUAAGGCUGUCUUCAGUCACUGCCCUUUUUUACUGCCUCAAGGUGAAGAUGUACAAAAGGUUUUAGAUGAGUGGAAAGAAUAUAAAAUGGGAGUGCCAACCUAUGGUGCAAUUAUUCUUGAUGAGACACUUGAAAAUGUUCUUUUGGUUCAGGGCUAUUUAGCAAAGUCUGGUUGGGGAUUUCCAAAAGGGAAAGUAAAUAAAGAAGAGGCUCCUCAUGACUGUGCUGCUAGAGAGGUGUUUGAAGAAACUGGGUUUGACAUAAAAGAUUAUAUCUGCAAAGAAGAAUACAUUGAGCUGCGAAUUAAUGAUCAAUUAGCACGGCUGUACAUCAUUCCAGGUGUUCCCAAGAACACAAAGUUCAACCCCAAAACUAGAAGGGAAAUCCGGAAUAUUGAGUGGUUUUCCAUUGACAAAUUGCCAUGCCACAGAAAUGACAUGACCCCGAAGUCCAAGCUGGGUUUGGCACCUAACAAAUUUUUUAUGGCAAUUCCCUUUAUCAGGCCGUUGAGGGAAUGGAUUUCCCGAAGGAAUGGAGAUUCCUCAGAUAGCGACAAUGGGUUUUCGUCUACAGGGAGCACACCCUCUAAGCCCAACUUGGAAAAAGCUAGAUCCAAACUUCGCUGUAGUCAGCAGGUGUUUACAGAUGGCUUUUCAGGAGAACAGUGGGUGAAGCCAAAACAGCCACAGAAGCCAUAUAAUCAUCCUGAGAUGUCUGAAGUUUUGAAAAUAAAGAGUCAGAGCUUGAGGAGCAAUGGCAGAAAACAGUAUCAAGACACUUCCAGUCAAAAGAAGCGAACAAAUGGAGUCCACAGUCAACCAGUUAAGCAAAACCAUACCUUGAAAUGUGAAAAAAGGAUUAAUCCAAGAAGACUUCAAGAUAACUUUGAAACAGAUGCAGCAUAUGAGAUGUGUUGCUCCAGUGAAGACCCACUGCCAGAACAUGUAGAGGGACAUUCUGUGGCAUGCAAUGGCCAUUACAAAUUUGCUUUCUCAUCGAGAGCUUUCUUGAGUUUCAAGUUUGACCAUGAUGCCAUAAUGAAAAGUUUUGACCUCUGACAGCAAACUUACUAGGAACAAACAUCAGACUUGCCUGUUGCAAUUGAGGGGGUUUCUUAUCCAGCCUUACUCUUUCUCAGGAGUUUUUUUUGUUUUAUUUUGUUUGUUUGUUUUUAAAUGCAAUGCAGGGACUGAGUGGUGGUUUGGAAGGGUUUGUUCUCUUUGCAGUAUGGGAGUGGCAUAGUCAAGUGUUGCACUUUAAAUGCAGUAUAGCCUUUGUCCACGAAAGUACCUUUCCAGUGUUCAGUUCACUUGUUCCUAGCUGUGCAUUAGAGGGCAUUCCUUUUUUUUUUUUUAACUUGCUGUGUGUUUUGUAGAAUGUCAUUGACUUUUUUUUAACUGUUGGAGUAUACCAGCUUGCUAAACUUUUAACUGCUCUGAUGUAAAUUAUUGGCCUUGUUAGUCAUUAUUGUGUAGUACAUUGCAAUAUUACGGCAGUGGCAAUGAAACUCAUUCUCAGAGGACUCCUCUGUCCUAGUGAUUUUGAAACCAAGUUGCACAUUUCAAACCUAGCCUCAGCUUGUCAUCCUUUCUCUGUCCUGGUUGCUUGCCCAAAAUACUUUCCCUCCUUCGUACUGCUGGCUUCUGUUGUCUGGCAAUCAGUAGCACUUGGAGUCAAAUCUCUAGCAUGUUGACUUCUUGUACCUACUCUGCUUCUGUCUUCGGUAAGGAUACACAAACUGGGUAGGACUUAGCCAUUCAAAGUGUCCAGCUUCAACUCAUAUGCACUGUCCCCAGCUGGGUAAGAAGUUCCAAAAUUUUGUGUUAUCCCAGUUGCAGCUGCUUUCAAAAAAGAAACGCUUCAACUUUGUGAGUGAGAGGUUACUUGUGUAGAAUUUAUCCUGAAUGUAAAUAAGCCUCUUGUAGAUCUUGCUGAGGAGGAAGGCAGGUGCAUGGAUAAUAGAGUCAUUGUGUGACACUAAAUGGCUUAAUCAGGCUUGCAAUAACUAUUCUAAGGGUAUCCAGUAUUGUAUUCUGUGCUGUUGUCCUCAGAUCUCUUGUGUAGUGUAUGCUCUGUAUAUAUCCAGUAGUACUGAAUUGCACUUGCAGUUAGCAUUUAAAUGAUGUAGCCUCAGUCAUUUUCAGCUACAAUGCUUUCUUAGUGAAAAUAUCGAAGAUUUGGGGGUGGGGGGGAAUCAAAAAAACCAGUAAGAGUUGAGGUGGCGAACUGUUAAAUCACCUUCAUGAUUCAAGUUUAAGGGGUUUUGAACACAUGCUUUGCAGCUGAGAGAAAUGCAGUGAAAUAAUGUCACAGCAGCUUGUGGUAGCAAGCAUGUUGUCCCAGAUUGAAAAAUGGACUUUCCUCUAAAAUAAAGGUGACUAAUUGGUAACUUCAUAGGUUGAAUUAACCAUGUCCUUGUCUCAUCACAGUGUAUGCUCAUGCACGGAGUCUUUAUGCAACUCGUGUCAUCCAAAACCAAAAUUGUAGAAUCAUAGAAUCAUAUGAUGUUUUGGGUUGGAAGGGACCCCUAGAGGUCAUCUA